AUGUCCGUCAAUGUCCGUCUGUCACGCCGCGUGUAUAACCAAACCAAUGAAAAUCUAGGAUCAGAUCUAUCAUCAUCAUAUUUUAAAUUGGUUCGUACAUUAUUAAGUUGUAUUCCUAGAUCUGCUGAAGUUGAACGGAUUAUUUCGCCAGGUUCUUCCGAUGAACAAAAUUUAUUCCCCGAUCUUUCUGAAGAAUUUUUCUCAUCUAAUCCAAUGUUUAAUUAUAUUACAUUUAUUCGAGGUUCAGGUAUAAAAAUUCAUGAGUGGCUAUCCUCUAAUAUUUCAAAUAAUGCAACAAGAGAUCAAAUUUCAAAAUCAUUCCUUGUUACAAAUCAUCUUAUAAAUUUCUUGUGUGCAUACUGCAGCAAUUAUUUACAGAAAUUAGAAUUUUCAUUCACAGUUAGUAAUAGUGAAGAAUAUUUUAUUAAUAUUAUCAAUCAAUUAACUUUUAAUAAUGAACAAAGUGGAUUGACUAAUCUAAAAGAAUUAUAUUAUUGCAAUUAUUAUAAUAUUAAAAAGGUUGAUCUUUAUUCGGCUUUUUCAAAUAGUGUUCGUAACUUAACGUUACUCUACAACGAGGGAAAUAAUACCAGCGAAAAAGCCAAUUCAUUAUCACGUUUUAUUUCUCUACAAAAUAAUUUGCAACAUAUAUUGUUAUCAGAAAAUAGUAUUGGCUUUACGUUAGAUAAUCAUAUUAGUGGAUUUUAUAAUGUUGUGUUCGAAUCAUUAUCAACACAAAGUGAAAGUCUACGAACAUUAAAGUUGAAAAAUAUACCUUUUAAUAAAUUAAAUGGGGAGGCGUUAAACUCACUAUGUUUACUUAAAAAUAUCAGAGUGUUAGAGUUGUAUAAUUGCAUAAGAAUAGAUGAUAAUGAUGAUAAUCUAAAGGAAUGGGCAGAGAAUCUGACGAGACUUGAAGUUUUUGAACUUGUAUCACAACAUAUCCGUGAUGUUUCCGAAGGAUUUUUGAUUCAACUAAUCCAAUCGUCUUCAAGUACUUUAAAUAAAUUAACUAUACGUAGUAGAAGGGAGAAUCGAUAUCAUCGAUCAUUAUUUCAACAAAUCCCGGUUCAUUUGAAUUCAUUGAUUCAUUUAAACAUCACUAAAAUUUAUCUAGAUGAAUUAAUUCUUAUAUUUAAAUCAUGUACUCAAUUGGUGUAUCUUAGUAUAAUAUUAUCAGAUGAUGAAUUAUGGGGAACAAAAUUUAAGGAUUUGGGCGAAUUAAUUCCUAGAAAAUUACAAAAGAUUAGAAUUAAAAGGAUGGAUGAUUUGUUAUUUAGUAGUUCUGAAUUAAAAUGUUUCUUUGAAGGGUGUGUAAAUAAUAAUGGAAAGUUAAAAUAUUUAGAAAUUCAUGAUGGAGAAUUAUUAUCGCUACCUUGUUCUUAUUUUGGGUCAGGAAUAGACAAAAUGAAGCGUAAGUCUGUAUUAAUUGAUGAAAUUGAUGAUAAUCCACCAAUGGAAUUUGACGUCGAAUUUGGCGUCUAA